AUGGAAAUUGGGUUUGCUCCUGUCCAUACUUCGCAACAAACAGCCAAUCUUUGGAAAGAAAUAUAUGCAAUCUGCAAUUUUUAUAAUGAUAAUAAUCAUGAAAAUCUAAUCAAUAAUGAUAAUUCUAUUACAAUUAAUGAAAUUAAUACACCUACUAUAAAUAAUGCAAGUGAAAUUUAUGAAAUAAGUAAUAGCAUUAUGGACGGAAUUGAACAAAAUCAUGCAAGACUAUAUCAAGUUUUAAGUGAGGCACAACGCUCAAAAAUUUCUUGA